AUGGAGUUCAUUCGCAGAUUUAGGUUGCUUUCGAUAUCGAGGUGUAAACCCCUGCCAAAGAGACAUGCUGUACAGGGUGGCUGGCGCAAUGUGCGAUUCAACGCUACUGUUCCCCAGCCGUCCGGCUCAAGUAUCGUUCUCCGUGACUACCAAGAAGAAAGUAUCCAGUCAGUGCUUAAGUACCUAGGCGAUGGCCACCGACGUCUUGGAAUAUCGCUAGCUACUGGCGCAGGGAAAACGGUCAUAUUCACGCAACUCAUCAACCGAAUUCCGCCACGCGAUGCGAAAGCAACGAAGACUAUGAUCAUUGUCCACCGACGCGAACUAGUCGAACAAGCAGCAAAGCAUUGUAGACUUGCGUAUCCAGACAAAAUUGUGGAAAUUGAAAUGGCACAGAAUGUAGCUACUGGACAUGGCGACAUCAUCAUCGCAUCUGUACAAACUCUCUCCCGAGGGCGCAUCAACAAAUUCAAUCCUAGCGACUUUAAACUCGUUCUUGUGGACGAAGCACAUCAUAUUGUUGCGCGAUCAUAUCGCGAAGUUCUGGGUUAUUUUGGACUGAAUGAACCUAACUCCGAUGCCCCGGUGCUUGUUGGAGUCUCUGCAACCUUUGCGCGAUUUGACGGGCUCAAGCUCGGUGCUGCCAUUGAUCAUAUUGUCUAUCACAAAGACUAUGUCGACAUGAUCGGAGAUAAUUGGUUGUCAAAUGCCAUUUUCACGACAGUCAAGUCACAAGCGAAUCUUUCAAACGUCAAGAAAGACAAGUUUGGUGACUUUGCUCUCGGCUCGCUCUCACAGGCUGUCAAUACCGCAAACACCAACAAUAUUACGGUCCGGGCAUGGAUGGCUAACUCCCAGGACCGGAAAUCCACUCUGGUCUUCUGUGUGGAUGUCGAACAUGCCCGACAGCUUACUGCGACAUUCCGCGAGCACGGCGUUGAUGCUCGCUACAUCACAGCCACUACACACAAAAAUGUCCGAUCAGAGCAACUCGAAGCCUUUAGGAAUCAAGAAUAUCCAAUUCUGUUAAAUUGCGGUUUAUUUACAGAGGGCACUGACAUUCCUAACAUUGAUUGUGUGCUCCUGGCACGACCGACCAGAUCGAGAAAUCUGCUCAUUCAAAUGAUUGGGCGUGGGUUGCGUCUGUAUCCUGGAAAGAAGGAUUGCCAUAUUAUUGACAUGGUUGCGUCUCUAGAAACAGGGGUCCUUUCAACCCCAACACUCUUUGGUCUUCACCCCGAUGAGGUCCUGGAAAAGUCCAGUGUGAAGGAUUUCCAAAAAGGCAACCAAGAGGAAAGCAAUGCGGAACUAUCUAUAGCUCCUGAAAGUGAAUCGGAUGGAAACAUCAACCUGAAGUUCACCAAAUACGAUAGUGUCUACGAUCUUUUAGAAGACACGCAGUCCGAGCGACAUAUCAGGUCUCUGAGCCAAAACUCUUGGGUCCGGGUGGAUCACACAAAAUAUUUACUAUCGGAAUCUUCGGGGUGGCUAACCAUCGAGCACGAGAAAGAAAUGUUCGUGGUACGCCACGUCAUGAAAUUCAACGACCCAACGACCGAGGUCCUUCAAUUCACUCGGCCGCGGGUGAUUGCAUCUGGGCCGGACUUGGAAACCGCCGUCCGUGCAGCAGACACAUACGCCAGCAACAAGUUUGAAAAGCGAUACAUUUCAUCCCGGCAACCCUGGCGACAGAGCCCAGCCACAUCAGCUCAAAUCGCAAUGUUGAACAAAGCCCGCAUCCGAGAUGGGAAUUUGAAAGUUGGGGAUCUGACACGUGGCCAAGCCACUGACAUUAUUACCAAGCUAAAGUUCGGGGGCAAGAAACGAUUCAAAGAAAUUGCGGUUAAGCAACGCAAGCUGCAACGGAAGGAAAACGAGUUGGACGAGUUGCGACGGAGAACCAAUGUCAAGGUCGGGCCAUUAGAAGGCUAA